AUGCUGCCACCCUCUGCGUUGUUGCUAAAACCCUCCUCCUCGUGUACCAACGCGCUCACUUCUGUUCUUUCAAGAUCGAAAACAUCGAGAUUAAAAGGAGGAGGGAAAGGAAGACGUCACGCGUUCGUUAAAACACAAAAAGCGUCGUCAAAGUCAUCAAAUCGAUUCUCGUUCGACGAGUCGGACGCGAUGGAAACCGGCGAGUGGUCCCCGUACGAAGUCUUAGAGGUGGAUUCAAACGCAUCCGCGGAGGAAAUCCGAAUCGCGUAUAAAAAUAAGAUGAAGGUUUUUCAUCCCGACGUCGUGAAAGAUAAAAACAGUAACGGUAAAGCUGCUUUUGAGAUUAAUAAAGCGUACGUGCUUUUGAGCGAGAAGCGAGAGCAAACGAACUCUCUUCUGUCUGCUUUCUCUCGAAGCAAAGGAGGAAGAAAUAACAACGAGAAAACGAAAGAGCAAAAAGAAGGCGUGGUUGGACCUAUGUCUGAGUAUUUACUCGCCGAGUUAGUCGUGUGCGGAUCCGUGGACGAAGGACUGAGCGAAGAGUGUUCGAUCGACGUGCAAGAAAUCAUCGUUGACGAAAUCCAACAGUUUUGCAGCGUGUUGGCGUUUUCGAGCGAGAUGCCGUUGCCGAUGCCUAUUCAGGUGGAUAGGUUAGAGAACGGCGUGAGAAUGGCGUUCGUCAGGUGGGAUUUUGACACGAAAAAUCUGGAACAAGUUGGAAGUUUGUGGUUUGAAUACGAUACUGACGACGGGAUGGUGAAGAUUGCUCGACGGUGGCAAAAAGGAGAAACGAGAGGAAAGAGAGACGAGUUACCCGGCGAAAAGAGAAUUUUAGAGGACUUUUACGAACAGUUCAAAUAUUUGAAGAGCGUUGGGAUGGACGGUUUGAGAGGGGAGGAUGAAGAUGGGAACGCCAUGGCCACGAGGGAGAAAGAAGAACAAAAAGGAAUGAAAGGGGCACUCGCGAUGGCGAUGGCUUUCGCUUUGCCAGUUCUUCCAACGCCUCCAACUUUCGGAAAGAAAGUAACGCCGGGCGGGGCAUACAGCCACUACGCGAUUAAGAAGAACCACAAGAUUACCGACGUAGACUUAGGCUUUUGA